AUGGUCACCUGGUGGCAUACCAGGGCUUUUGGAGGGAUCGUUCUAGCAAAAGACGAGGCAUCACGAGUUAGUGUGUUCCACCAUACCCUCACUAAUCUACCGGAGAUCCUUUCCAUCGCUGUUGAUCUGUUGCCACGUAUGGUUUGUGAAAAGCGAGUUUGCAGCACAACAAUUCCAGAAGAAGUGUCGAAUAGGGCAUGUCCACAUCUGCAGACUUAUCAGUUGGCUCGAUUGUCGUUGAGACAGCAGCCUUUUUCAUUGCAUGGCAACGGUCCGUCCUGUCAAGCUCAGCUGUUGGUUGAACACGCCACUGCCCAUACACCGGGACUCCAGAAGAAGAAUGUUGGGGAUGGAGGAGCUGCGUAUACCAAGAGAGCGCCAGGAUGCCCAGCAGCGAUGUACAUGCAAUUGGUCCCAGAAUAUGAGUUGAUUUUCAAGGAGACGAAAGGCAAGUUUACUCAAUGA